CGCUAAGUGCUCGGCUGUUCAUUCGCGCAACACACGUAGCUCCCAAAAAAAUAAUUGUAUUUCUUGUGCAAUUUUUGCUUAAAGCACGUUAAAAUAAUAACAAUUUGUGUGCCAAAGCAAGCAGUGCGGUUGAACAAGUUACAAACGUGCAUUAACGCGUAAAUAAGCAAAUGAGAAAAGAAAACAAGUGUCAUUCCGAUGGCUACCUCACCCUUCCCAGUUUGUAUAAGAAAUAAACAAAAUCCAAUUGGAAAAUAGUGGUUCCACUCACACAAUAAAUGCAACACAUUUGUGCGGGCGCAAAGUGUGUGCGUAAAUGUGAAACAAAACGAAUAACACAAGAAAGCAUAGAAAGUUAAACGUGAAAACAACUAUUGCGCAUUCCACGGAAGCAGUUCAGUAGCAAUAGGCAACAACAACAGCAACCAGCCAGAACAAGCAACUCGAAAGUUUGCAAUCGUUCUGCGCAGCACAAGUGACACAGAUGGCAACGCCACCGCGAGCUUUGGAUACCAUCUCGCUGUGCUCCACCGUAUCCAGUUGCCCCGAUCGCAAUGGUUUCUAUGGCGGCUUUCAGCGCAGUGACAAACCCAAAGAGCCUUUGUCCAAGGCACAAAUCAUAGCGCGUGAAAAGAAAUGGCUCUACAUGAUUGACAACUGGUCCAUUUAUAUGUCCAAGAACUACAAAAAGAUACGUGACAGAUGUCGUAAAGGCAUACCUAAAUCGGUGCGCCCAAAAGCUUGGUUCUAUCUAUCCGGCGCUUAUUUGCUUAAGAAAAAGAAUCCCGAUGUCUAUGAGGAGCUGCUGAAGAAGCCCGGCAAUCCAUCGACCAUAGAGGAGAUUAGAAAAGAUAAACAUCGUCAGUUCCCGUUUCACGAAAUGUUUCUCGACGAGGAGAAGGUGGGCCAAAUCGAGCUAUUCAAUGUGCUCAAGGCCUAUUCGAUAUAUAAUCCCAAGGUUGGCUUCUGUCAAGCGCAAGCGCCAAUAGCCGCAUUUCUAUUGAUGCAUUUGCCUGCAGAGGAUGCCUUCUGGGUAUUCGUAAGCGUAUGUGAUGUCUACUUGCAGGACUAUUUUAUACCUGGUCUCGAGGUGAUACAAAAUGAUGCAGGCAUCCUGGAGGGACUGCUUAAGAAAACCUGCCCACCCGUCUAUCGUCACCUGCAGAAGCACAAAGUGGAGCCGCUGCUCUAUAUGACGGACUGGUUCCUGUGCGCCAUGACACGCACUCUUCCCUGGGAGACGUUGCUGCGUGUCUGGGAUUGCUUUCUCGCCGAGGGCAUCCGAGUAAUGUUUAAGGUGGCCUUGGUUAUCAUUGGUGCCUCACUCAGCCGACACAAGGUGCGCAAAACGUGCACUGGUCUGUGCGAAACGCUAGAGGUGCUACGCUCCCCGCCCGAGCAUAUCAUGGAGGAAGAGUUCAUCAUCAACAAUAUGAUGCGGCUCAACUUGCGUGUGGAAGACUUCCAAAUCGAGCAUACCCGUCAAAAAGCGCGUCGCGCCAAACAAAAGGCGCAACAGGAUGGGUUAGCUCCUGGAGGAGGCGCAAGCAGUAGCAGAAGGAAUAUGCCCACGCUGUGAGGCUGCAAACAGAUAACAAUAAUAAAAACAGAACCAUUUACUAUUACUUCUACAACAAAGAGAAACCAAUUGUUACUAAACACACACACUCAAUGAAUGAGUUUUGUAUCAAUUCUAAGGCAAAGUCGAAUAGUGAGACAGGCGUGCACAAAAGAGAAAGGAACUGACAAAUUGUAAGCUUCGAAACGAUAGUGGGGAAAGCCACAAAGGAAAACUGUUUAAAGAACAGUCAAUUAGAUAAUGUUCAUUCCAUGCGCAAACGAAAAGUAUUUGGCAAAAGAAACAAACAAAAAUGAAAAA